AUGAUUUCAGAGGCGAUAUUGGAUAAAUGGUUGGUUGGCAAGAAGUCAUCCGAUUCAGCAUUAUAUUCAGAAAAAUGGCAACAAGAAUUUGCAUCACGACCAACAUGGUGUGAUGCAGAUAUGGCUUUACAACAAAUGAAUCAGGGUAUAGCAACGGGUAAUCGCUUACCACUUUAUGUACGUUCUUUCUUUCAAACAUUACUUUUCACGUUGGGUUCAUUCGUGCAAAAUUGGGCUUGGACAGUUGUCAUUGUUGGUUUAAGUGUUUAUUUGAUCUGCGCCUUAGGACUUCAAUAUGUUCAUAUUGAAACUGAUUUGGUUAAAUUAUGGGUAUCACAGGAUGGACGUUUAGACGAAGAGUUGCAUUUUCUUCAACGUGUACGGCGAAAUUAUCAUUAUGAUGCAGUUCGUGAGAGGCGUUCAGUUGAUUUUCGAAAUUCAGAUAAUGAUGAGCCAAUCGUUUCCAUAAAACCAGCAAAUAGUAGAAAAGAUGAAGGAAACACAAACAUAAGUUUGGAUGACGCAUUUGAUAGUCGUUUUCUGGUGGUAAUACAAACACCUGCGUCGAAAAGCAUUAAUGCUUUAACCAAAGAAUCAUUACUUAAACAUGUUCAAAUUAUGGAAGAAAUUGCCGAUUUUCGGGUGGAAAUGUAUGGCGAAAAUUGGACAUUGGCCGAUAUAUGCUUCAAGCCACCAUCACCAAAAUUAUCUCAUGGAUCAUUUGCUGGUGUAAUAACCAAAUUGUUGGAUCGUUUAAUCCCGUGUAUUUGGAUUACACCCAUUGAUUGUUUCUGGGAAGGAUCAAAACCACUGGGACCAUCACCACCGCUCAUUUUAGGGCCCGAUAUACAUUCUUUCAUUACUUCCUUACCAAAAGGUAAUAUAACGUGGAGAAAUUUGGAUCCUUCAGCAGUACUGAAAGAAAUUUCGACACUUUUCGAUCUUGGAACAAUCUUCAAUUUGUUUGAAAGAGCUGGUAUAGGAGCUGCUUAUUUGGAUCGUUGGUGUAUUGAUCCAUUAGAUCCGGAAUGUCCAUCUUCAGCACCAAAUGCUUUUGAUCAUUGUUUUGCUUUAAAAAAAUUUCAAGUUUGGAAUAUGGCAAUGCCGGAAGAUAAGCGGAUAAUACUGGAAGCAGAAGCAAUACCAAUUUAUAAAUCAGAACCACAAGAUAUUACCUUAAAAAUUAUUGAAGAUUUUUUUGGUAAAAAAAGACGUAAGAGAGAUAUGACAACUUCGACGAUGAAAUCAAAUAUUAAAAGCCGAACAGAAAAUGAAAGUUCUGAUUAUUAUGCAUAUGAAGACGAUGAAGAUUACAAUAUGAAUUAUAAUUUUACAAUAAAUAAAGAAAAAAUUGCUGAAAAAGAACAAUGUUUGCGUUAUGGUAAAAGUUUCUUGAAAUGGUUGAAUAAGAAUGAACAUCGAUGGAAUGAAUUUCUGACAUUGGAAGAAAUGCCAGAAUAUCCUGAUUAUGGAAAAAUAAUGACGGGUGGAUGUCGAGGAUUUGCUCGAAAUACAAUGGUAUGGCCAGAAAAUCUAAUAAUUGGUGGUGUCAAAAGGAAAAAUCAUAAAUUAAUAAGUGCUGAAGCUUUUCAAAGUAUUUUUCUGGUUGCAUCUGGUAAUGAUGUCUUUUCACGUUAUAAGGUACAAAAGCCGUAUUUGAAGCCAAAUUUGAAUGUUAACGCUUGGAAUCCAUAUUAUGCAUCGCAAGUUGUUUCCGCUUGGCAGCGAAAUUUCACGCAACACAUCUAUGAGCAUCGUUGGAAUACAAAGAUGAAUCGUCAGAUACAUCCACUUUCAUCAACAUCUUUAGAGGAUAUGUUGAAGGAAUUUAGUCAAUUCAAGUUCUUCGUCAUCUUUAUAGGAUAUUUUUUAAUGUUUAUUUAUGCUGGAUGGUCGCAAUUAAAUUGGGAUGGUUGGUGGUUUGCAGUAAAUUCAUCAGUUGGUCUCAGUAUCGUAGGCGUCUUUCUGGUUACUUAUGCGAGUAUUUCCGGCCUUGGGAUAUCUUCAUAUUUGGGUGUUCAUUUUAAUGCAGCUACAACACAGAUUGUACCCUUUUUAACGCUAGGAUUGGGUGUUGAUGAUAUGUUCUUGUUGCUUCAUAACUACAAAGAUGUGCAUCAUACUGUUAAAAAUAACGAAAUUGGUAUAUUAAUGAAAGAAACUGGUAUGAGUGUGGUUAUUACCUCAAUAAAUAAUAUUAUUGCGUUCAUGGCUGGCACACUUCUUCCUAUUCCAGCGUUGAAAUCAUUUUGUUCACAA